AUGCAAGUGUGUGAUCAUUUCGGUGUACUAUACUACGGAAUCGGGCUGUUCUUGGCCGUCCUGUGGUGGGCCAUGACCUGGGAAGAGGCCAAAGCGUGUCCCUACUUCCACUUCGCUGACAUGUUGACCAGAAAACGUGGCAUGUUUGACGGGCUUUCCCGGAUCGCAGUGGAGACCGUCGCCGGACUUCUCGUCUACCCGUUCGUGUGGACUUUUUGGGCUCUUGGACUUUCCACGGAACACCGACAGAAGGCGUUUGACUUGCGCUGCAUCACUGACAUGCAGGUGUCGCCAAUGAAUGCUGCCCUGGUUGAAGGAGCUGGAACAAUGGCGUGCGUUUUAUUCUCACUGUACAUCAAUUCAAAGGCUUCCUGGAAGAUUUCAGCACCAUUAGACGCACUUGUCAGCUCUAUCUUGGUGUGCUUUGCAUUGAACUACACUGGCGGAUAUUACAACCCUGUCCUGGCAACUUCUUUGAAGUUGGGCUGCGAUAAUGAUGACUAUGUGGACCACUUGGCUGUUUACUGGCUGGCAUCUUCACUGGGAUGCAUUUUUGCAUGUUUGGCCUUCGAAUCGCCGUUGCUCAAGAGCAAACAGAAAGCUGAAUGAGCGAUCCCAAGAUUCGUUUUUCUUUUCCGGAAGAACACUAUAUGUAUUGCAUCGAAGGGCAUUCAAUUUUUUUUGGAAUGCGAUGUAUUGCGUGAUUUUUCAAAAAUUUUGAGUCAAUUCCGUAUCUCACAGUGUGUGUGUGACGAACCUCGCGUGCAAUUUGAACCGGUGAUGAACAAACCUUGACAAGGUUCCAGAAAAGAAAGAAAAAAUCCCGAAAGAAUUGAGUUGCUGUCAAUGACAAACGAAAGAUACUGAGUCCCGACAACAAUGUUUGCUUUCAUUCGUAAAUUUUUUAAAUAUUUUUUUGUCAAAUUACUGAUAUCCCCGGUGUUACCAUAGUGAGAAAUUUGCAAUUUCUACGAACUUCACAAACAAAACUGUGAUUAUC